AUGAAGUAUAGGACGACAAGUGAUAGGAGGAAAGGAGCGGCGAUUUCAAGCUUUUUCGAUCUACCGUCCCUUUUCCCCUUUAACCCUAACCCCAUUCGCUCUCGAUCAAACCCCAAUUCUCCAUCUGUCCCCUCUGCGACUUCAACGGCGACACAACUUCUCUAUCAGACACAAUGUACAACUGUUUAUCGUUUCAAUCGAGCAUUUAAAUUGACAACUUUUGGUGGGGUCGACAACACGAUUUCAACAAGAUUUGUUCUCCCCGAGAUGAAAAAACUAUCAACUGGGGUUAAAUUUGGCUCUCUUGCUGUAUUGUUGAGGAAUCGAGUAAAGAGCAAGUUGGAAGAACUUAAUCAUAUUAUCACUGCUAUAAAUGGUGGCGAAUUCCAAUUCUGUGGGAAUUAA